GGAAAGUUGAUUUAAAAAGAUAACUUCAGUCUUGAGUAGACUACUGCUAGAGUUUGAACCUCAUCAAAACACCUUGUUUUCCUCUGGCGAUUGUUUUUCCUGUAACGGCGAUGGAGCGUCAGUGGGGACUGAGAAGCCCAUACCUUCAGAGGACGAUUCCUCAAUCGCCGCAAAACCCCUCACUUCACCGGAACAUCAUGCCGGAGGUUUACCCAAACCCCGACAUUCUCGGCAUCGAAUCACAGCUCUCCAAUCUGCGCCUCUCGUCGCCGGAUUACCGCCUUCCUCCUCGCCACCAUCACCCUUCGAGGAUCCCGCCGGGUACUAUGGCGGAUGGAGGUGAGCUGGCUUUCGGGUUGCGAUCGGACCCUGUUAUCCGGUACGGGAACGACCCUGUAAUGAGUUUGGGCGCGCAAAACGGCAAUGCCGACGUGGAGGGUUUGAUGAUGAUGAUGAGGAGGAGGAGGCUGGCCCACAGCCAGGAUGUUGGAACCCACUUUUCCCUGGACCUCGGUGGGGCCCUCCAUGAUAUCAGUGUGGGCCCGACCAGACCCUGGACGCCGACUGUAGCUUGUAAUGGCGGCCAGACGCUCAGAAACUCUACGUCUACCUCCGCCGCCGCCAGUACCUCCUCGGUCCAGCCGUGGAUGUGGUUUGGCGGCGGUGGUGGAAGGGAGCAUUUUAGUUCGAGAACUAGUCAAAAGUUUCACGAUGACCAUGACCCUUUCUUGCUUCCUAAGAAACCAUUUAUCCCCUUCCAUAACCACCUGCAUCGUGCCAACCAAAGCUAUGACCACCCCGCGGGGGUCUCGAACCCCCGAAUUUGGGGCGUUUCGAACGGUGUUAAGCCCUAUCUGAACAAGAAGGAAGGAAUGAAUCAGGGAGGCCAGCACUUUGUUUUGCUGAAUCUCGAGGAGCUGAGAGGAAAUGUAGUUUCAUUAGCAAAGGAUCAAAGUGGAUGCAGAAUAUUGCAGGACAAUCUCAUUCUGUUGGGUGAGGAAGGAAUAGAGAUUGUGCUUUCUGAGAUUAUAGAACACGUGGGUGAUCUGAUGAAGAAUCAAUCUGGGAGUUACCUUAUCCAGAAGCUUUUCUCAGUAUGCAGUGAAGGGAAAAGAACAAAUAUCAUUCUUGCUUUAUUUAAGAAACCGUCUCAGCUCAUCCCCAUAUGCACCAACCCUUUUGGGGCUAGAGCAAUGCAGAAAUUGUUGGAAGAGCUGAGUUGCCCGCAGCAGCGAUCCUUAGUCAUGGAUGCCUUAUGCCCUUGGGCGGUUACAUUGUCUUGUGACCUCAAUGGCCACCUUGUCAUUCUUUACUGCUUGAAAAAAUUCUCCUUUGAAUACACCAAGAAACUUAUCAACGAAUUAGCAAAGAACUGCUUUGGAAUCGCAACCAAUAGAAGCGGAUGUUGUGUGUUGCAGUCAUGUAUAGAGAAUGCACACGGAGAAGCAAGGGAGUGUUUGGUGAAUGAAAUCAUAGCAUAUGCAGAUCAGCUAUCAGAAAAUCCAUACGGCAACUAUGUUGUGCAACAUCUGCUUGGACAAAACAUUCCGGGAGUAGAAGAAAAUCUACUUGCACGUCUUCAAGGGAAGUUUGCAUCUCUAGCAUGCAACAAAUAUGCUAGUAAUGUUGUUGAAAAAUUCUUUCUUAAAUCAGGCGAGCAGUCAACUAGAAUUAUUACAGAGUUGAUCUCGAGCCCAAAUCUUCCAUUGCUUCUUAUUGAUCCUUUCGGGAACUAUGUCAUUCAAAAGGCACUGAAAGUAGCUAAGGGAGAAGCCGCAAAUGCACUCGUUAAACUGAUCAUGAUUAAUGCACAAUCCAUGCAAAGUAAUAUGUAUGGAAAAAUGAUUCUUGCUUGUUUGAGUAGGGGGGGUAGAGAUGUAUAUAAUGCAGCCAGGCCCAGAGGUUCUAAUUAGUACAUAUGGCUUUCACUCACAUUUCAUGUUCUGUUGUUGUGUCUUGAUUGAAUUUUAGAACAUUAUUAUAAUUAGAAGGGAUUGAGAGGAUUCAUUCUUGGUGAAGAUGAUCGAAAGGUCUGACGCCGCAGAAGCAUCACGGAUCAGAAUGUACUUUUGGAUUGUGUUGUUUUUUUGCUGGAAGGCUAUUUUACAAUAGGGGAUGUUAUAGUUUCUUUUGUUGUUGGUUCAAUAAAUGUUUGAUUUUGUGUUCGUAUUCUGUGUAAAAUCAUAGUCCCUUGACCAGAUUUCAUCAUUUCAUCAAUCUCAUGGUGUGGCCGUUUGUAUGAA